UUUUAAUAUUUUAUAUAUCUUCUUUCAAUUUAAAUGAGUGUAAUGACUUCUCAAUUUUAAUUUAUAUUAUAAAAAUUUUUAAAUUUCAAUUUAAUAUAUAAAAAACUAAUUAUUAAUUUUCCGAUUAACUGAGGAUAAAAUAUCAAUAUCCGUAUUAUUUUUCUUUUCUGCUGAGUGGUGGCGGACCAAAACAUACGUAGCACGAAAUUUCACAAGGGUACCCCACCUUUGCUCUUUUUUCCUUAAAGUCUAUAUCCCCAAGUCUUCCAUGUCAAUUUUCCAAGUCAACUGACUUGUUUACCAUCUCCAUACCCAUAUAUUGUAGAGGGUUAAUAAUGAAAGAGAAUUACUAACCUUCUUGGUGGUUCUUUCCUUUCAAUUGGUUCAUGGCUGCUUUCUCUUUGAUUCUUCUCUUUGCACUCUUUCUCCCUCUUUUUCCUUUUAUCAAGGGUUGUCCACCAUCUUUUCCCUGUGGAAGGCUCGGUCUGAUUAGUUACCCUUUCACGGACACAUUUGGAUUUGAUGAGGGAUGCGGUCCCUUUGUGGUGGAUGAUUGCUAUAAAGAAAUUCCGAAGAUCCAGUUUGAGAGGGGAUCUGGAAAAUGGUAUCAAGUCGAAAGCAUCUCCCCAUAUGAAGAAAAUGGGAUCCAGUUACCGAGAGACAUUUCGUUUGACAUGCUUAUCAGUAAAAACUUUUCGUUUGACAUAAAGCUCCAGAAUCAGUUGAGUUCCGAUAAAUGUGAGUCCUUCAACAAUCUGAGUCUUCCCAAUCUCACAUACGCAUCUUUUCAAAUUGACUCCAGUCUAACAACCAUAUACAAAUGCAACCACUCUGUAGAUUUUCCAGAACCUUCUUUUAAUUUUAUUAAUUAUACAAAGUGCGCCGACUUCAAAAUCUAUUAUCCUAAGAAGGAUAAUGCAAGUAUACCGAGGCCUCUGCGUAACUGCUCAAUUGUGCAGCUCCCACUAAACACAAACAAUGAUCAUGACGACAUAUUCCGAAUGUUAGCUGCUAACUUCUCUCUUAAUGUAAGCAUACGGCCUCAUUGUUAUUACUGUCAUUUACGUGGUGGAGAAUGUAAAGAAUGUAUUGGUGAAGAGGGAAAUAAACCACCUCCUGGUCCUCAACCACCUCUGCCUCCUCCAAAAAGGACAGAAAGACACAAAGGAUUCAGAUUGAAGCUAGGGCUAGCCCUCUCAGCUUCUGGAAUUGCACUUCUAGUGAUAGUCUUUUGCUUCAGUAGAAAGUUAUCAUCCAAAUACUCCAUUUUCUAUUGGAAGAAGAACACACAAUGCCAUCAAAGUAUUGAGGCGUUUCUUAAGAACAAUGGAGUGAUGUCACCAAAAAGAUACAAAUAUACAGAAGUUAAGAAAAUGACAGGAUCCUUCAAUGACAAACUAGGCCAAGGAGGUUAUGGAAGUGUUUUUAAAGGGAAAUUACCUGAUGGCCGUCUUGUGGCAGUGAAGAUUUUGAAGGAAUCGAAGAGCAACGGGGAAGAAUUUAUAAAUGAGGUUGCAAGCAUUAGUAGGACUUCCCAUGUCAACAUUGUUGCUCUUUUAGGAUUUUGUUUUGAGGGUUCCAAACGAGCACUAAUCUAUGAAUUCAUGUUUAAUGGGUCUCUUGAGAAGUACAUAUAUGAAGAAAAUCCCUUGAAAGCUGAUCGUCAACUGGAUUGGGAAACAUUACACCAAAUUGCACUUGGUAUUGCUCGAGGAUUAGAGUACUUGCACCGAGGUUGUAACACAAGGAUUCUGCAUUUUGACAUAAAGCCUCAUAACAUUCUUCUAGAUGAAACUUUCUGUCCUAAAAUUUCUGAUUUUGGUCUAGCAAAAAUAUGUCCUAGAAAAGAGAGUAUCAUAUCAUUGAUGGAUGCUAGAGGGACUGCUGGAUAUAUCGCACCUGAAGUAUUUUGUAGAAAUUUCGGAGUGGUCUCUCACAAGUCUGAUGUUUAUAGUUAUGGGAUGUUAGUGCUAGAAAUGGUUGGAGGAAGAAAGAAUAUUUGUGUUGCUGUUGAUAAUACCAGUGAAAUAUAUUUUCCUCAUUGGAUAUUCAAGCGUCUCGAACUAGGAGAAGAACUUGAACUUAAAGGAAUUGAUAGCGAAGAAGACCACCUAACAGCCAAAAAAAUGGUGUUAGUGAGCCUGUGGUGCAUACAAACUGAUCCCUCAAAUCGGCCACCAAUGAGCAGAGUGGUAGAAAUGUUGCAAGAGAGACUCGAGUCACUAUCAAUCCCACCAAAACCAUACUUGUCAUCCCCUUCAAGGUCUUCUCUAAGGUCAGCGGCAAGUUCCUUGAUCUCAUAACAGUAAUUGUACUGAUUCUGAGAAAGUAAAAAAUACUUAUCGCUGGCAAUUUUGAGGUUUGAUAGCUGCUUACUAGGAAUGUCUUCUGAAAAUGUAACAUAGUCUGGGAUUAGGCUUGUUAUGUCAGCCUGGUUCAAAGUCUUCUCAUUACCAUUCGGUAAUGGUUGCAAGAUGAAUCCAUAAUAUUGCCCUAUUUCAGAAUAA